UUCAGGAUCGAACUCUUUCGGUGUUCCAAGAUACCUUUUCGUUGCACAUUCUCAAUCCAGACCAUCUGCUUCCUUCAAAAUCUGCGAGUCGUCGAUAUGGGUCGAUUGAGUGGUCUCACAGUCAACUUUCUAAUUAUGAGAGGGAAAUUCAAGAUCUCAAAGAGCAUCUUCAAGCUCGUGAAGGACAAGACUGACAAUUAUUCGGCCAUUCUCGAUGAAGAAUGGUACGCCGGAAACGAUGAGCGUCGGCGCGAGGCUCAGAAGGGAUGGGACGACUAUCUUAAGGAGAGGAAGCUGAGCACGGGAGAGAAGAAGCUCGAAAUCGGCGACAUCUGGUCGCUUCGAACAUUCAUAGAGGCUUAAGGUGGGCCGCCUCACCCAGGAACGCUCCUCCGCAAGGCGGCCGUACGUUCCUGCAGUAUACUCAACAAAAAACGACGCUUCGACAUACCAUACCCAUUUGCGAGCAUUGAUAGCGACCAUCGGGACUUCAGGAUCGUUGCCCACGCUAUAACAGCGAUGCUUGGUCCUCAGCGCUGCGAACUCUCCCAGAGAUAGUUUCAGCAGGCCGAGCUCAUUCAGACUGCUUCAAGAUAGGGCAGUGCUUACGAUAUCAUGAAAAUUCAUCUUACUUGG